GCAGAAGAUAAAAAAAAUAUAGAGACUGACUUACAUCGACCUAAAUGCAGGAGCAACUGACCGACAAUGAAUACUUGAAGGUUAUUGAACCACACGAUAGUGAAGUUGGGAGAUCCUUGUGAAAGAUAUACCCAUGGCCGCGAUGGCCUCCACGGCCAUGCGUGCGGCUGAGGGUAGGGAUAACCCUUUGCCGCAGGAGCGUGGGUCGUUCCCGAGAACUUUAGACCGCUGACGGGACGCAACACGAGGCUUGUUGUAAACGUUUUGAUAUCUCAAUAAGUGGAUCAAAUUGUCCGCGGACCUGAAGAAUAGGUAGUCACACACAGAAUAGACGAGCGGAAUCGCAGUGUCCCGUUGGUCGAUCCAGACUUCGUUGUACACUUUUUGUAGAUUCAUCACAGUACAUCGACAAAUAGAACGAGCUACAGGGACUACAGAGAACUCACUUUUAGAGUCUCAGACACACACGAAGAAUUCAACGAGCAACCACACCAAUACCAAUACGUGUCAAGAUAAGAACAUCGGCCUUCGUUCCCAGUGAUACUAGCGUAGUUGAACGAUUACUAAGAGGAUAUCAGGGCCUUCGAAGAGCGGUAAUAAAACGAAAAAAAGCCAGGCUACUUCCAUUACUGAGCCAGCGGCGCAUCAUCGUGCGUGUAUAUCAUCGAAGCCAGGCAAUACGUUCUACUAGUUCUAGUAAGACCAUCGUAAGCGAUACUGACCUCAGCGAAGAACACGUGUAUCUACCAGCAACAUCUUCUAGCAUAACGAGGAUUCGUAAAAGGUCGAAAAGCAGAAGAAAAUAGUUGUUGUAGAAGCAGGAGCACGCGCAUUGUUAGCACAUCACACCGAUCGUGCGAGAGAAGUGAUACCUGGGGCUAUCUCCUACCUCCAGAAGUAGGGCUGGAGAGCAAUCUCAACAAACUCACCAGCGAACUCCCAGAACAAGAUGUUGUCCGGCACAGACAAUAACGACGACUUGAUGUCGUCGGUCGCGCCGUCGACAGUGGCAUCGAAGAAGCACAAGGACAGGUUUAGGCCUCCGAGGCCGUGGGGAGAGUCAGAGGAUGCAGCUCAUGAAGCAGUAGCACACAUAUGGGACAAGACGAAGCGGAUAACACAUGAGCGGGAUCUAGCACACAAAAGAUUUGGAUACUCGGUAAUUAUACUAGACUCUCACUUGGCGCACCUGGUAGCACUCCUCCCACUAGGAUCAUCAACCCCCGGCACGCACCUCCUCAAUCCCGGGGCGAUUCCGCUCCCCUGGCUCCUCCCCCGCCCGCAAUCCGUCUUGCGGCGUUGAUCGUUGGGGCAAGAGCGUGGCGGGGGAUGGCGUGCGGCCAUUGAUUAAAAAGGCACAGAUCGAGGCCGUUGUCCUGUAGGUCUACUCUUCUUAUGGUAGGUCUGGCCUUCUGUGCGUGCAAGUUGCAGCGCUCCAAUUUACAACUUGCAAAGAUUGCUCUUUCUGUGAUAGAGACAAAAGCUUUGGAUUGGAAUUUUUUAGAUUUCAUUUUUAUUAGAUAUAAUCAAAAAUUUUGGAUUCGGGUUUUCAAAUUUGAAAAUUUGAGACAUCGAGGCGCCGCUUUUGAUGUUCCGCGGUCAGCUCUGAGGCAGAAGCUUUUGCUUUUCAGUCUUGGGGCAGGGUGUAAAGCUUUACAGCCGAUAAGAUCAAAAAUUUAGGCUUUCUGUGCAAAGUUUUUAAUUUUUACGCCCACGAAUUAAAUUAAGUCGCGGCGUGCUUCAUUUUGACCGAUGUAUUUGGUUCAGGUUCAGGAGGUGCUUUCGGUUCAGGUGUUUUUGGUUCGGUGUGUGUUGGGUUCGGGUGUUGGGGGUUCGUUGUUGAUUUUUUUAAAUUUCGCUCGCUAGUAUUCGAAAGCAUACUUAAGCGUUUAGAUAAAAUUCGUAUUCUGGGCAUGGAUUAUUUAUAAACUAAAACUCUUGGAGUUGAGAUCGUAAAAAUUUUGAUUUUAUUUGGUAAAGUUUAAACUUAAUACGCACCCGCGUGAAGUCUAACCAAUCCCAGGCCCCGGAAGUGGGUCCUUAAUUUAAUAUUUGCUCUAUCUUUAAUAUUUGCAUCUCCUCAAUGUAUGUCCAAGUCCAUGUGUAUGUGGCCUUGGAGGUAGUACUCACAAACGUUCUUUUGCAUGAUCAUGGUCGUGCUAGAUGAUAAGGUAAUGGUAAGCAAUAAAUAUGUCGUUGUUGAAUAGAUUGUCCUACUCUUUUCAUCUCAUUUAUUUCUUACUCCACCAACCAGGCUAGAACAGUGACUAAAGUCAUGCUCGCGGAGAUCGAUAUGGCGUUUACGUACAUAGAACCAGAGGCUGAGAUGGAGGCUAGUGGUUGGUUUCUGGAAAAUGAGAUAGCACCCGUUAUGAUAGAUACUUGGGCAACGCAAGCUCUACGGUCUGUUCCCAAAAGAAUACCUCUGUCGGGAACGACUGCUGUUGGGCAUGUAGGAGGUCUGAUGGCGGGGCCGGCGAGGGUACUUGGACUUGUUGAUGACUCUUCUUGCAACUACGCCAUCGUGAUUUUUUUUUCUGAUGUAGUUCUCCCUGUCAUUUUCAUGAAAUUAACAUUUUCCGCAAUCCUCCCAGAUCACCGCCCAACGGGAGGCGAGCGCGGCGAAGGCGGCAGCUAAAAAAGAGAGGGAAGCGGCAAAAGCAGCAGCAGAGGCAGAGGCGAACAGGCCUAGGCACAUACGCUUGGAGGAAAUAGUACUAUGUUUCGCAUCCUGGAUAGUAUAGAAAUAGGAGCGUUAAGGUUAGUAGUCGUGAUCGUGAAUUCAUAGAAGAAGGAGGACAAAAUCAAAAAUACAUGCAAACCAACAGGAGCUGUUUUUUUGUCAUGGUACUCAUGAACCUCGCUCUUGCUUCUCCACAGGAUCACACAGACCCAGAGGAGCACCAUUAUCGAGCGGCGAAGGAGGUUGAGGAUAGGCGAAGAGAGGAGGCGGAGAAAGCUUUAGAGAAGAAGAAAAAACAGCGCGAGGAGGCACAGGCAGCGGUAGAGGCGCAGGGAGCUGUGAUGGGUAUACAACUUCAACUUAUGGUAGGUACAACUUAUGAUGUUUUCAUUUUGGUUGUACAAAUUGAUUCACGUGUAGUAUCUCUCUACACUAUUAUUCUUCUGAAAAUGAAAAACAUCACCCGGAAAUGGAAAGACAGUACACGUUCGAUACCUCUCUACUAUUCUAUACUAGGAAAGACAGGGUACAACACGUUCAAAUUUACGUGGGUGUACAAAGUAUCUCUUCUUCAGAAGAACAACUCCCAUUUCCAAACCAGGAAAGACAGAGUACACGUUUGAUACCGAAGGCAAUAUACUGUGGGUCGAGCUUCCGAAGAUAGAAAAGCUUCCCGCUGUCAGCUUGCAAAUACCGUAUCUUCUCUAAGACCUUGUUCUUGAAAUUGAACUUCUCGUAGAAGUACCUUUCUGUUGUUGACGACCGGUUGAAUUUCUGGACAAGAACUCCUGCUUUUCCUUUCCUUGUACGUAGGCUUUUACAAUCUGGUCUGCACUUUCACGACAAUCAGGUCUCGCCACUUCGACGUCGGCGGUCGCGCUUCUCUGACAGCAAAGGCGGAUGCUCCUGCACCGACCAAGCGAACUACAUCAGGGUCUAAUUCGCCAGUGAAGAAGGCCUUUGAAGACGGUUUCAUGCGGUUGCAGGAGGAUAGACCAAAUAUAGCGGAUAUCAUAACGCUGAGGCCUGGCGUCGUCCUCUCCGCUGCUGGUCGGAAGAUUGCCGGACCCACUAGAACCGAACAAAAUCGAAUGACAAUGACGGGCUAUCAACGCAUGGUCCAGGGUGGAAAAUAGUGACCUCUAGUAUUAAGGUCCUUGAAGACCGCUUCCUAAAUAAGUUUUCACCUUAUUUGCUUUUCUACUCUCUCUCUCUCUCGUGUGUGUCUUCAGUUUCUAGUUUUUUCUAGUUUUUAAUACCGACAGAAUAAUUGUAACUGAUUCCUUAACAAGGUCGUGAAGAUCAUGAUUUGACGCCUCAAAUAUCCCAUAAAAUUGAACUUGUCUAGACUUGGAAUAUGUUUCGAAUCACUGACAGCGUUGAUGACGCAGAAGGUUGGACACUGCUUCAGAAAAUGUGGAGGAGCAGUAACAAGUCUUUUUGUGAACAUUCACGACAAUGAUGUGACAUGUUCCAUCGACGGCGUGGCACGGUGCAGUAUACAGCCGCCACGGAUGUGGCUGAAUGGAAUGAUGGGCUUUUCUCUCGCCAGAAAAAGUUUUUUUUCAGGAACCCACGCACAGCAGCGAAAAAGAAUCCCUCUGCUCACGUCCCGAGAAAAGAAAAAAAUGAAUCCAACUUAACUAAAAAUGGGUAUGAAAAAGGAAAUAUAGCGCCAUGAAAAUUCUCAUCUAGACAAAGCAACGAAAAGUAGCAGAGAAUCCUCUAAAAUAUGAAAACAAAAGAACUUCUAACCGCGCGCAUUGAAUAGAG